AUGGACAUCUCAUCACUUCUCCCGGCAGGUGCCACAGAUGAGGUUCUGAUUUAUAUAUUGAGAUCAUUGAACCACGGUGACUUGCCAGACUCUAUGUCGGGUCAAACUGAGUCAUCGAUCUGGGCAUCGUCGCGCAACGAGUCUCAAACGACAGAAUGCAUUGCUUGCAACAACCAGUUCCCACCUCUGGCACUUUUCAAGCCAUCAUGCUCCCAUGAAUACUGUCGGGCAUAUCUUGUGGGCCUGGUUCGUUCGUCACUCCAAGACGAAAGCUUGUUUCCUCCAAAAUGCUGUGGGCAGACCAUCCCUAUCAAGCAAGGCCGAUGGUUUUCUCCGCAGCUCGUCGGUCAGUUCCAGGCUAAGAAGCUGGAGUUUGACACACCGAAUCGCACAUACUGCAGCGAACCUUCCUGCUCAACCUUUAUACCACCUGUCUUUAUCGCUGGUGAGAUAGCCAUUUGUCCCAGAUGUAAUCGAAGGACUUGCAUUCACUGCAAAGGGUCACAUCACACAGGUGUCUGCCCCAGCGAUACCGCUUCACAGCAAUUCCUGCAACUCGCAGUCCAAAACGGUUGGCAGCAGUGCUAUUCCUGCCACAGAGUUGUUGAGUUGGAUACUGGAUGUUAUCAUAUGAGUAUGUUUUUCAUUAUAUUUGGAUAUGUUUUCGCGUUGCUGAUUUAUAUCAAAGCCUGUCAUUGUAGGGCCGAGUUCUGCUAUCUUUGUGGUAAGCGUUGGAAGCUUUGUUCUUGCCCACAAUGGGAUGAAGAUCGCCUUAUCAGACAGGCUAAUGCCGUGGUUGACCGAGAUGACAAUGCCGACCGUAUGGACGCGGCUAUGCGCCAGGCUCAUGUUGAAGAAGAGAGAGUCAACUUGAUGGAGAACCACGAAUGCCCACAUUGA